GAGCGCCCCGUCCUGCACAGGGCUGGCCAUGGACUCCGAAGACGACCCCUCGAUGUUGCAGUCAGACUGGCCGGAGGAGGAGGAAGACGAGGAAGAUGAGGGGGUGGAGGGGGAGGAGGAGGAGGGGGGCAGCCCCGGGACCGUGCCCCCCAGAGCAGCGGGGAGCAGCCGCUGGGUGUGGGGGGCAGUCGGCUGGGUGUACACGCGCCCGUGGGCGUGCUGCCUGGUCCUAGCCCUGGGCGUCCUGCUGCCCUGCGCUCUCUCCGCCUUCAUGUUCCUGCGAUGCCCUCCCCUGGACAUCGACCUGUCCUACAGUGCCUUCGAAGUGCGUGGCCACACCUCCUCCGAGCGGUUCGACGCCCUCACCCUGGCCCUCAAGGCGGAGCUGGGGUCCUGGGGGCGCAGCAGGCGCGAUGUGGACGGCUAUACCGCCCAGGCCCUCAGGGACCUCCUGCUGCAGCACCUGCAGAGGCAGAGGGGAGGGGCUGCGGAGGGGGGCGGGAUGUCAGGUGGAGGAGGAGCAGCUGAAGGGGGAUCCUCAGGAGCUUCAGGAGCCUCAGAGGGAAGAGUGGUUUUGAGUGACAGGAGAGGUGCCCCAGCAGGGAGUGGACAGCGUGUGACGGGCUUCAGUGGGGGUAGAGAUAGUGUUAAUUGCAGUGGGGUCAAAGGAACUCUCCCAGUGUCAGAGGGGGUGAGGAAACUGGUCCGUUUAGACAGAGCUGGACCCAGAGCUGGACCCAGAGCUGGACCCUGCCCAGGCCAAGCAGAGGGAGGCUCCGGCUCGGAGAGGAAGGCUCUGGCCCCCGAUCGCCCCCAGAGAGACAGACAGAGCGAGGAGGAGGGAGAUGGGGUGCGCCCCAGGGUACCCCGCGAAGCCUACCCGCACGGGGAGUUCGUCAUCCCCUCGUACACGCAGAGCCACGCGCACUGGCGGAUGGAGCUGGUGUUCGUGGCGCAGGGGGAAGGGGACCCCAACAUCUUCACCCCGGAGCGACUGCGGACUAUCCACGCUGUGGAGCGCCGCGUGAUGGAGCACCCCCAGUUCCGGCAGUUCUGCUGGAAACCCCCAGAGGUCCUGAGAGACCCCCCGCUGGGGCCCUUCUCGUACUGCUCCCCGCCCAUGUUCCUGUCCUUCUUCGGCCUGGCCAGUAUAGGCCUGAGCUGCCUGGUUGCGCUGUUCCUGUACCAUGUGGGGUUCGGGGUGCGGUACCUGGGAAUCCUGAACGGAGUGGCUGCAUUUGUCAUCAUCGGCAUCGGGGUGGACGACGUCUUCGUGUUCAUCAACACGUUCCAGCAGGCUGGGCACCUGCGCCAGCCUGGGCAGCGCAUGGUUCACACGGUGCAGACGGCCGGCAGGGCCACAUUCCUCACCUCCUUCACCACGGCCGCCGCCUACGCCGCCAACACCUUCUCACAGAUCCCGGCGGUCCACGACUUCGGGCUCUUCAUGGCGCUGGUCGUGAGCUGCUGCUGGCUGUGGGUCCUGCUCAUGCUGCCGGCCGCGCUGUGCGUGUGGAGCCGGUGGCUGUCGCCCCGGGAGACGGCCUGUCUGCGCUGGUACGAGCGCCGCCCCCCACGCCCCUCUUCCAAUCUCUGCACUGCUCCCAGAGAGCCGCAGGGCCGCUCUUGCACGACUGACGUCACCACAGCAGGUCUCCUGCUCACCGUCUACGUGUCGAAGCUGCAGGCCGGCGCCGGGCCGCCCCUCUACCGCUUCUCCCUGAACGCCAGCGUGCCGUUGCCUUGGAAAGCACUGACCCCUGGGAACGGGGAGGUGCCGUCCUUUCAGGCGUUCGGCGGUCCGCACAGGAACUUCACCACGCGGCUGACCGUGUGUGUGGCCGCCGCCGGACAGCCGCGCCCCGCCGGCAUGAUCACCUCCCGCUCCUGCGACCCCAGCAGGGGCUGGAGGUCGGAGUUCAGCUUCUAUGUGGCUUCGGCUGAGCAGCAGCACAGCAGGAAGCUGUACUUCGCCCAGCUGCGCCGCAGCCCCUUCCACAGCCGCGUGUGUGCGGCGCCCCCUGGCUGCGUGCUGAGCUCGGGGCCGGACGGACCCACCAAAGGAUCUUUCUACACGCCGGUCAACAGAGACCAGCAGGGGGCGGUCGGCUCAGCCACCUCCGGCUUCAACCCCUGUGAGAACGGCGCGUGUGGCAGACCCGCAGUGCGCCCCCUGGUGGACACCGGGGCCAUGGUGUUCGUGGUGUUCGGGAUCCUGGGAGUUAACCGCACACGCCACACCGGUAACCACGUCAUUGGGGACAUGGGCAGCGUGAUCUAUGACCCAACCUUUGACCUCUUCAGGGAGAUCGGACACCUGUGCAGGCUGUGCAAGACCAUCGGCAGUAACUCCCACCUGGUGAAGCCUGGCGGAGCGCAGUGCCUGCCCUCAGGCAGCAGCCUGUCCUCCCUCCUGCCCCUGCUGCACCCCGAGUGCCAGUCUCUCCCGCAGCCCAGCCUGCUGCCCGGCCAGCUCUCCCACGGUGCCCUGGGGCUGCAGGACGGCGCUGUGCGCUGGGUGUCCAUGGCCUUUGAGUCUACCACCUACAAGGGGAAGUCCUCCUUCCAGACCCUGUCCGACUUCCUCCAGUGGGAGUCCUUCCUGCAGGAGCAGCUGUCCGCACUCCCACAGUCCUCUGCUCUGCGCCGCGGGUUCCAGACCUGCGAGCACUGGAAGCAGAUCUUCAUGGAGAUCCUGGGUGUGCAGAGCGCCCUCUACAGCCUGCUGCUGUCCCUGGCGAUCUGCAUUGCGGCCGUGUCGGUCUUCACCGCCCACCUGCGGCUGCUGCUGCCCGUGCUGCUGACCAUCCUGGCGUCUAGCGCCGUCACCACGGUGAUCGCCACGGUGCCCCUGUUCUUCUGCGUCAUCGCGCCCUUCGCCAAGUUCGGCAAGAUCGUGGCGCUGAACACCGCGGUGUCUGUGGCGUUCACCCUGAGCGUGGGCGCCGCCCUGCUGGCCACCAUGGGCCCCGCGCGCUUCUCCCGCCCCCCUGCGGCUGUGCUGCAGGCUGGCCUGGCUGUGCUGGGCCUGGGGGCCGCAGGCGUGGCCCUGCGCUGGGCGCUGGGGUAUCUGGGAGUGCCCGCGGCCUGGAGCUCUUAGCCUGCGCCCCACUCGGCCCUCGUUGCACCCCGCCUUGCUGCCCGAGCCGCUGCUGGAGUUUCAGAAGCCAGGCCCAGACAUGCUGGAGGUUUUUAGAAGAGAUCAGGGAUCCUUUUUUAACAUUGAAAAUAAAAAAUAAAUUGAA